GACGUUCUCGGUUGUCCGGACACUUACUACACGCGCCGCCCGUUCGUGUACAUCAUAAUAUUAUUAUUUUACCGACCGUAAAAUAAAUCGUAGCGACCACGUUGUUGUAUAGAAAUAUUCAGCUCCGACAUUUGCUCCGUUUAACAGAAAUAAUCAUUGUAUUUUAUUUCUCAUGUAAAUAGUUGUAAACCAUUAAUAUAGGUACCUCCUAUAUUAUUGUUUAUUGUAAACCAACAUGUCGGUUUGUCGUCGUCGGACCUAGCGGUUAACGUCAAUUACUUCAUUGCGAGUGUGAACGUUAUUGCCAAAAAAUCUGGCGAAACAUUUUUUUCACCGCGUCUCCGUUUCGAGUGUAAGUGGUGCGCCGUUGUUCCCGUCCGUCUUGCUCGAACUUUAACAAUAAUAUUGUUAUUUCAUUUCUUUUGUUUAUAUAUUAAAUUAUUUUAUAUAAUAUUUUGUUUCGUCUACUCUUGCGCGUGCGUGCGUUCGAUUGUCGUGUUUGUGUGUGGUGCACCGUGCACGCAAGUGUGCCGCAGCCGCCGCCACCACCGCCAAGAAGGAGGAGGAGGACUUCGACAGUGCACUGACUCUAGACCCUAAAUCACUUUUCUUUUGACCGACGUCGAAGACGCAUCAGUACAUCACAUAGCCACUCAUCAGACACCAUCUCAUUUAGUUAACAGAUGAAAUCGACGUCGCAUCCGGAAUACCUCUCAUCUACACGACCGGUCAGAGAUAAGUUAUGAUACCAGUUUUAUGAUAUCCGACAGAUACAAACACGUCCUGAGUCUCGGCCCGGUUUACGCCGACCAAUAACACUAAAAUGGUGGUAGAUCACAGUGGAUCUAACAGUCCAGACACAAAAUUCAAUAAUGGCAGGGUAAAAAACCAAGAAACUAUCGAUCUCAAAAUCAAAAGCGGGACGUUAGACAGAUACGAAAAAAAAUUAGAUGCCGUCGAAAAUGGUUCGUUUCCCCCCACCAAAGAGGUGGCAGAUUUCGAACAAGCUAUUGAACUCACUGGUUAUGGAAAAUUCCAUUAUUUACUGUUGGUUGUGUGCGGUUUUGUCAGCACCAGUGAAGAAAUGGAUGUUAUAUGCAUGUCAUUCAUAUUACCAUCAGCCCAAUGUGAUCUUAAGCUAAAUACGUCUUCCAAAGGAUGGCUAAAUUCAAUUAUAUUCAUAGGUAUGAUGGCUGGUGCAUACAUUUGGGGUUCGCUAGCUGAUGCAUUGGGGCGUCGUAAAGUAUUAAUUGUUAUCAGUUUUAUGAAUGCCUUGUGUAUUGUUGCAUCCACUUUUGCACAAUCUUAUGGUGUAUUCAUGUUCUUUAGAUUUUUAAAUGGAGCUGCAUUGGGCGGCAGUGGACCAGUUAUAUGGUCAUACUUUGCCGAAUUCCAGCCUAAGAACAAACGUGGUUCAAUGUUGAGUUCGAUGGCAGCAUUUUGGACACUUGGAAAUUUAUUUGUAGCAUCAUUAGCAUGGAUCAUCAUACCACAAGAUAUUGGCUAUAGGUCUCCUACGUUUUUAUACAAUUCUUGGAGAAUAUUUUUGGCCAUAUGUUCCAUUCCUAGCGUACUUGUUGCUGUGUUCCUGUUUUUCUUACCAGAGAGUCCAAAGUUUCUAUUGACCCGUAAUGAUCACAAAAAAGCGUUAGAAGUAUUCAAGCAAAUAUAUGCUACUAAUACCGGAAACGAUCCAGAAAUGUACCCAGUUAAAUCAUUGGUAACUAAGUCGAAUGCUAUUGAACAUGACACUAAAAAAACUACUUCUUUUAAAAGUAUGACUGAAGAAGUAGCUCAUAAUACUAAGAUGAUAUUUAUGCAGCCAAUAUUGAAGUAUACGUGGAUAUCUAUAGUGAUCAAUCUUAGUUUUCAUAUCGGUUAUUAUGGUCUCAUGAUGUGGUUCCCAGAACUAUUUAAUAGAUUUGAUGAAUAUGCUCGAGCUCAUAAUGGUAGUGAACAAGCACUCGUGUGUGAAGUGACUGAAUUUGUAGUUAAAACAGGAUCACACUCUCAUGUGGACCUAUGUUCAGACAAAAUUGAAAGCGGCGUUUUCCUUGAAUCAUUUAUUACAGUGGCAGCUGCCAUUCCUAGCAAUGUAUUUGCAGUGUUGGGAAUGGACACAUUGGGCAGAAAAUUCUUUUUAGUAUUCAGUACAAUGGCAUCUGGAAUAUGUGCUGUUGGAUUGUCACUUAUUACAAGUAAAAGACAAAAUUUAAUAGUAUCUGCUAUUUUUAGUAGUGCUAUAAGUUGCGGUAAUGCUGCUUUGGAUUGUUUAAUCACAGAAAUUUUUCCUACAAAUUUAAGAGCUACUGGAAUGGCCAUAUCUAUGGUAGCUGCCAGACUUGGAGGUAUUAUUGGAAAUAUUGUUAUCGCUGCGCUGCUAGAUCUCUAUUGCCCAUUACCUACUUACAUUGUAGCUGUACUCCUGAUAGGCGGAGGGCUUUUGUGCCUAUUGUUGCCUAAUACCACGAGAGAACCAUUAACGUGACCUAUUUAUGGAAUAGAUUAUAUAAUAAACAGAUUUAAGUCUAUCAUUAUUAUUUUAUUUUCAUUUAUUGACAUGACAUUUUGUUAGUUUUAAAGCCUUUAUAGACACAUAAUAUGCACACUUAUUAUAUAUAUAAUGAUGAAAAAAAAAGUUCUUUUAAUAUAAUUGUAUUUGUUGUUUACUGUAUAAUAUGUAUAAUAUGUGUACGCUAGUACAUAUAUGUUUGUAUAGAUAUUUUCCAGACAAAAUUUCUAAUAUACUAUUGUUUAUUUUAUUUUAUUAUUAUUAUAAUAUU